GAGGGGGUGGCAUGGCGGGCAAGGAUGACACCGGAGUUCGACGAAGAAGUGGUGUUUGAGAAUUCCCCACUGUACCAAUAUCUGCAGGAUUUGGGACACACAGAUUUUGAAGUAUGUUCCUCAGUGUCACAGAAGGCAGAGCAAUGUGCAGCAGCAGAAAGCCAAAGGGAGCAGACUGUGCGUGCUGCCCAGAAGCAAGGCAUCCUGUCAAAACUAGUUGAGUUUUUUAGAAGCUGGUUUCCUUUUCCACAGUAUAAGAAAAAUGAUGACAUACUUCACCGACUGGACGUUGGAUUUCGAUUUGACACGCUCCGUACCAUCCUGCAACAGGAAGUUCUGCUGCAGGAGGAUGUGGAACUGAUUGAAUUCCUUGACCCCAGUAUCCUGUCUGCAGGGCAGUGUAAGCAACAGGAAAACAGACAGCUUCCAACGCUACGCUCCCUAGCAACUCCUAAUAUUUGGGAUGUCUCGCUGUUCCUCGCCUGUGUGAGUGCGCUGCUCAUGUUUCCCUCGUGGUGGGAGGAAUCCUCGUGGCUGCUGUGCGCGCCCCUGCUGCUCUAUGCAGCCGCUAGGGCGUGGGGCACGUGGAGGACGGCCAAGCUGCAAAUGUCCCUGCGGAAACACUGCAUCCAGCUGGAGGAAACAGUGGCCAAUAGCCGCGCCUUCACCAACCUCGUCAGGAAAGCUCUACGGCUCAUUCAGGAGACUGAAGUGAUUUCCAGAGGAUUUACCCUUUUGCUUGACAGGGUCAGUGCCGCUUGCCCAUUUAAUAAAGCUGGACAGCAUCCUAGUCAGCACCUGAUCGGCCUGCGCAAAGCCGUGUACCGAUCCGUCAGAGCCAACUUCCGAGCUGCAAGACUGGCCACUCUGUACAUGCUGAAAAAUUACCCUCUGAACUCGGAGAGUGACAACGUGACCAGCUACAUCUGUGUGGUCCCCUUUAAGGAGCUGGGCCUGGGACUGAGUGAAGAGCAGGUCUCUGAAGAGGAGGCACACAAUCUGACUGAUGGCUUCAGCUUGCCUGCACUCAAGGUCCUCUUUCAGCUCUGGGUAGGGCAGAGUUCAGAGUUUUUCAGGAGGCUGGCGCUGCUGCUGUCCCCGGCCAACGCGUGCCCCGCGCCGUCGGCGUGCCCGGAGCGGCUGCCUCACCGCAUCCUGCGCGACGUGGCCCAGGGCCUGCCCGGCACGCACGCCGCCUGCCUGGCCGAGCUGCGCAGGAGCUACGAGUUCUACCGCUACUUCGAAACGCAGCACCAGGCGGGCCUGCAGUGGGCAGCCAGGGGCAAGCAGCAGUGCAGGGAGCUCAACAGCCUGCAGACAGCCGUGCGCAGCCUGCAGCUGCACCUCAAGGCCCUGCUCAAUGAGGUAAUAAUUCUUGAGGAUGAGCUUGAAAAGCUUGUUAGCACUAAGGAGACACCUGAGUUGACAACAGAAGCCCGUCAGGUUCUGGAACAAAAACUGAAGUUUCUGCAGCCUCAUAUCCAAGCAAGCAACAGCUGCUGGGAAGAAGCCAUUUCUCAGGUGGAAAAAAUGAGUGGAAGAAACCCAAACAAAAAAGGCAAAAUUGAAGUUUCCUGUGACAACCUACAGCAUACUACAGUACCUUUAACACAGCCUGCCAUAUACAUAGAAAACAAAGAUCCAAUCCCUGAAGAGCAGGAACUGGAAGCAUAUGUUGAUUAUUCAGAUACAGAUAAUGAAUACAAAAGGGAAGACUUUUACUGCUUCUCCCAAGAAGAAAGAGAGAGGCAAGAGCGAGAGAGACAGGAAUCUAAGAGGGUGUUACAAGAAUUGAAAUCUGUACUGGGAUUCAAAGCUUCAGAAAUUGAAAGACAGAAGUGGAAACAGCUACUAUUCAGUGAACAUGCUGCAGUGAAACCCUUGUCUCCUGUAGAACCAUUGAAGCUACUAAAUAAUGUGGAAUCAAAUAUGAAUUCAGAUACAGAAAAGCAGGACUGCAGCCAAAGUUGUGAUAAAUCUGAAGAAAAAGACUCUAAUCCAGAAGUGAAUGCUGCUGAUAAAAGCAGGACAGAAUAUUUGUAUGAAGAUCCUGAGAUGGAGAAAAACAAAGACAGUAUUACAGAUAAAGAUGUCUCUACAGGGGCUGAAGGAAGAAUGUAUUAUCAGUGUGAAGGGGAUGCUGAAGAGCUCAAGCCAAGCAGUGUGGAUGGAGUAGAGGCUCCACAGCCUCCCUCUAUGGAUGCAUUACAUUCAAAAAUCAAGGAGAGGCUGGCCCAGCUCCACAUAUCAACAGAUUUUAACUUCACAUCUGGUCUGGCUGCACAAGUUGCUGCCAGGUCUUUCACUUUUACUACAAUGCAGGAAGAGACUUUUGGAGAUGAUGGGGAGGAGGAGGAGGAGGAAGAAGAAAAGACACAGGAGAAUGAAGACCUUGUGGACAACUGUGAAAAUGAAGAGAGAGGCUCUGAAAGUGAAGGAAAAGUAUAAGUCUGAGCUGAACUUUAUUAAACUAACAGCAGGCAGUUUGAUGGAAAAAAACUGAGGUGGGGGGUUGAAGCUGAAAAUACUGGAUGGAAAAAAAAGGAGACCUACAUAUAAUACAUCAUGUUCCCUUAAGACUGAUACACUAAAUGGGACUUCUAAGUAUAUUGAAAAUUUGCAGGUAAGAGAAGUUUGGGAUGCAUCCAAGAAAUAGAUGGCUGUCACUUUGCAAGAUCCUAGUGAUGGGGGUUGGAAUCUACCUUUGUGUUUUCUGUUUUAUUUAUUUAUUGAAUGACAUAUUGUAGUUUUUCAUUUCUAAACAGAAGGAAAAGCAAUGUUUUGAUUUACAACAGACUCCAUUUUUUUCCUUUCUGAUUCUUUUGUCAUGGUAUCAAUGUUUGUUCCAACAAAAACAGCCAGGACAUUUCUUUUGGAAGAACCUGAACUGUUCUCUGUGAUUGUCCACCACCACUUUUGUUUCACUCCUUGUGUCUGCAGUGUGUUGGCUAAGCCAUGAUAGGCAUUUGUGAUUCUUCAACUAGUGAUGUGGCACCCAGCUAAAAUGUAGAAUUUUAAAUAAAAACUUGAAAGAGCUAG